GUUGCGUCAGUCUUACUUUUAUGCGCCGUUUAAACUUGCUGAAAAUGUACCGCUCACUUCUUGCAGUAAAUUCUAUGUACAUGUCUGCGGCUAACGAUAGGUGAUUUGCUAAUGCUAAUGCUAACGCUAGGCCUGCCGUUAAAAAGAUACGGUUGGGGGGGGCGUGUGAAACUGUAACGUGAAGGUCCACGUUAGUGAGUGUGUGUAAGCGUCGGUAUUUGUUAUUUUUAAGCAUGAAAACGUGUGUCUGCUGUCCGCUCAACCAGUCGACCGAUACUUAAUCGCGCGGUUAGCUAGCCGAGGCUAAUUUGCAGAUAAUGCAGCUGCUGUAAGUCGCAUGGAAACUGUAUCGGUACUUUGUUUGUAUUGAUAUCAUGCAGGCGAACAGAACUUAAGUGAACUUUUAUGUUACAUUUAAAGAAGCCACCCGUGUGUUUAAUUUCUGCUCCUGAAUGAAGUUACUGGUGAUCAUGGGGAUCAAGGUACAGCGCCCUCGCUGCUUCCUUGACAUUGGAAUCAGCAAUGUACUUGUUGGCAGAAUCGUGGUGGAGCUGUUUGCAGACAUCUGUCCCAAAACUUGUGAAAACUUCAGAUGUCUCUGCACAGGUGAGAAAGGCAUUGGGAAGGGAACUCAGAAACCGCUCCACUACAAAGGAUGCCUUUUUCAUCGAAUUGUAAAAGACUUCAUGAUUCAAGGAGGAGACUUCAGCGAAGGUAAUGGAAGAGGAGGCGAAUCCAUUUACGGAGGCUUUUUUGAAGACGAAAGCUUUGCAGUCAAACACAACAAGGAGUACCUGCUGUCAAUGGCCAAUCGGGGUAAAGAUACAAAUGGAUCCCAGUUUUUCAUAACAACAAAACCUUCUCCACAUCUCGACGGUGUGCAUGUGGUUUUUGGUCACGUGAUCUCUGGCCAAGAAGUCAUUCAAACCAUGGAGAGCCAGAAGACGGACCCCAACAGCCGACCGUACGCUGAGGUGAAAGUUUUGAACUGUGGAGAGCUCAUCCCCAAAUCUAAAGCAAAAAAAGAUGCAAAAAAGAAGAAGAGGGCCUCAUCAAGCUCCAGCAGUAGCUCCAGUGACUCGGAGAGCUCCUCAGAGUCGUCCUCCGAGAGCGAAGAGUCAGAAAAAGAAUCCAAGAAGCGGAAAAAGAAGGCAAAGAAGCAAAAAGAGAAACAGAAGGAGGACAAGAAGAAAUCAGAAGCUGAAAGUGCUGAAGAGAAGGAACAAGAUGAGUUGGUUACAUCUACAGUGCGUCCUGAAGAAAUCCCACCCAUCCCUGAAAAUCGAUUCCUUAUGAGGAUAAGUCCCCAGAUAGCCCAGAAGCCAAAAGAGGAGGUUAACAAGGAUCAGCGAAAUAAAGACGAAAGACCAAGAGAAAGUACUGGUGCAGCUUACAACUCUCAAUCAACAUAUCACAGAAGACUCGUGAUGACUCGAUCUGGCAGGAAGAUAAAAGGCAGGGGUCCAAGGAGAUACCGGACCCCAUCACGCUCUCGUUCAAGGUCUAGAGAUCGUUUUCGGCGCAGUGAAACUCCCCCACACUGGCGACAGGAGAUGCAGCGUCAGAGGAUGAGGGCAGUCACAGGAGAGCGAUGGAUUAAGGGUGACAGAGGUGACAUGAAUGAGGGUCAGGAUGAGGCUGCUAAAGCACAGAAAAGAGAGAGACGGACUUCAAGUUCAAAAGCUGAACAUACAACUGAGGGUAAAAAAGACAAGAAAACUCGAUCUCAUAGAUCUAAAAGUAAGGAGGAGGAUACUGUAGCGAAGGAUGAGAAGCAUGAUAAACAGAAGGCAAAGAAAAAGGAUAAAUCCCAUAGUCGCAGUAAAAGCCGAGAAAAGAAAAGGUCAAAAAGCAGAGAGAAGAGUCACAAGCACAGAAGUGACGAGAGGAGAGGUCGCUCAAGGAGCAAAGAUAGAAAUGUUCAUAAGAAAGAAAAGGAGGCAGAAUCUGAUCACAGUAAAGACAGAAAUAAGGGUCAUGAGUCUGACAAAAAGCAUAAAGAAGACGCAAAAGGUAGAAAUGGUGAGCGAACCAGGACAAAGUCCAGAAGUAAAGAGAGAGCUGCCAAAAAGGAUGAGCACAGAUCAAGCAGCAGAAACAAAGACAGAGGUAGGACUUCAGCAUCAAAAGAGAGAGAAGAAAAAAGAGAGAAGGACAGAGAGAGGGGCAGAGAGCGCAGCAGAGAGCGCAGCAGGAGUCGGGAAAGAAGACACAACAGUGAUAGGGAGAGUAAGAGACAAGGAACAUCCCGGGAUAAAGAACAUCGAACAAGAAGCCCAGACAGAAGUAAGGCUAGGGACUCUCACAGAGGCAGGCGCUCGAGAAGCAGGAGUGGCAGGCGAGACCGAAGCAGGGAUCGAUCCUCUCAUAGAAAAGUCAGAGACAGAGAGGCUGCCGGCCAGAGGAGGAGACGCAGUAGCAGCAGCUCUGAGAGUGACAGAGAAGAGAAAAAGAAGAGUCAUAGGAGCCCAGAUUCUAAAAGAAGAGACAAGUCCAAAGACCGAAGGAGCCCGGCCAGCCAAAGACCAGACAGUACGAAAGGCAAAGAUAGAAAUGAUAGCAAGAGGAAUCGGUCGGGGUCUAGCUCCAGCUCCAGCUCUGACAGCAACUAAACGCGCAAUGUUCUUAUUUUCUACAGCGUAUAUGUAGUACGCAGCGUCAGCUUUCCAUCUACAGUGGGGCACAAUCACAGUCCUCAUACAGUACAAAAUAAACAGUUCUGCCAAAGAUAACAUGACUGUAAAAGGUUCCUCAAAGCUAAUUACUUGACUGUUAAAUAACUGUGGUAUUCAGAUAACAGACUGUAGAAAAGACCUUAAAUAAAAAGGCUCAUACCUGAAGGUGCAAACUGUAGCAUCCUCAACCUUUGGCUGAAGUUUGGACUUUAUGGGGAUUGUGGGUUUGUCCACCACUGAGUGUGUAACACAGUUAACUGGUAGCUGACAAUUUGGAGCCAUUCUAGAAACAAAGGAUUUGUAACUACAAAGUGUGUGUACUGCACAGGCAGGGCUGUAAACGUACCAGUUAUUCUUCUAAAUUUUACAUUAUUUAAUCGAGUGAAGUCAGAUUGGAGGCAAGUUUUCUUUUUGUUGUUGUUGUUUUUCUGAAUUUUACAUCAUGUGGUAAAUUCUGUAAUUCUGUCUUGACUUAAAAUUUUCUCUGAUUUUAGUUUGUUUAAAAAAAAAAAAAUUUUAAAGAGGGGGAGAAAAAGAUUUUGAAGGUAUCCUCGAGUUAUUUUAAUGUCAAUCAGCCUGGAAGAAAACACUCGUGUCUUGCAUGCUCAUCUUUGUCAUUGUGUGUCAGAUUAUGUACACCCAUGAUGUUUCUUUUGUUUGUUUGUUUUUAACCAUUUACUGUAAUUCUGUUGAAAGAGAAAAUGUUAAUGCCAAGCUGUUAAGUAUAAGAUAAAAGCAGUUUGUUUCUGUUCUGUUUGGUUCAAACUGAUUUUAAGAACUGCUGGAGUGUUUGAAGAAUUAAAAGGCUCUGUUUGAUUUUAAUUCAUUGUUUUUUGUUUUUAUUCGUUAAGUGAUACCGUUAUUACGGAAAAGCAACACUGAAUUAUUACCUUUUAGUGAGUCAUUAGUGGUUGUAUCACUCUGUCGUUGCAGUGGAAAUUCGUUCCCAGGUUAUUUUUAGUUUGGAUGAGUCAGCUUUCCAUCAUUUCAAAUAACAAAUUCUGAGUGAUGUGCUUUUACUCCCUUCAAAGCAAGGGAGUAUGAAUUCUGUUUGUCUUAACUAGUGUCCAGUUUUCAAGAUAUCAUUUUCAAAUUUUGUGUGAUUGUUGUUGCCAUAACGGCUAAAGCUGAUGUAAUUUUUUUCCCUAAAAUGUAUAAUCUUCAACCUUCAAUAUAUAGUAGGCUUUGGGGAACAUGAGUACCGAGAUUGGCCAAGCACCCUUAUUCUUAGCACCCAAGGUUAAAGUUGACCUUAAAAAAACAAAUUCUAGAAACCAUAUCAAGUACUAUAUAAAAGGACAUACAGAGGGCUGUGUAACACACUUUUUGUAUUAUAAUACAAUGCCCCACAACCUCACAUUGAUACAUUCAUGCAACGUGAAACUUCGAGUAUCUUAAAAUCUCAAGUUUUAUAGUUUAUAUAGCUAAAGUUUGAAGCAGAAUUGGCUGAAAUUAUAUGGGUAAAGAUUAUAAAAUGCACUUUUAGUAUAUAGUGCUUGAAGGUCAAAGUUCAGGAUCAUACUAAUUAUGAAAAAGCUUACCGGUAAGUUUCCUUUGGAUCAUCUCCAAACUUCAGAGCAAUAUAU